ACUCUUUUCUCUCUGUUUCCCACAGGUGUGUUGCUGAGAAGAGAAGAUCCCCGCUGUCAUGGUAAUUCUGGGCAGUUGGUCAGAGCAGCAUCGCCGCACGCAGCAAAACAACCCUUCUCCUGCAGGCUCGGCCCACCUACGUCACACAGAUCACGUGACCGCCGGCACACCGCUCGUGGUGCACACAAGCUGUGACGUAACCGAGAUCUCUUCCACUCUCUAUUCCCUCGGGGGUCAAGUCCUCACCAUGGCGGAGACUUCGGCAGCUGGGGAGAUAACUCCGGCGAAAUCUGUGAGAGGCACCACCACCACUUCUACCACCUCCGCCAACAGCAACAGCAACAGCAACAGCAACUGCCCGUCUCCUGUUCGGGAUGACCUUGAAACGCAACAGCAGACAGCCGCGAGCGCUUCUGCCAGGUCACGGAGGAAGUUUGCGAGAUCUGGGUCAAAUUCCUGGUUCAACAAAUCUUUCGACCAAGCCGUUCUCAACCAGGCGACAAAACCUCCACCGGCACGGAGCAUGCGCAGACAGAGCUCUGUAACUGACUUUUUCCAGAACGUGCUCUCUAAGAGUAAAUCGCACUUACAAGACAUUUUCUCUUCGAAGAGGGAAAAAUCGAAGAUAAAAAUGGCGAUGACGACGGCACAAGAAGCGAGACUGCAGUCUCCAACAGCGGCGGUGGCGGCGGCUUCGGACAAAACCGCUGAGUCAGCCUCAGGGGCUGAGGGCGGGGCUUCCCCGGCGCAGUCCGGCCAUGACCUCGGCUUCAGGAGCGCCAGCUUGCACAAGUCUUGUCCUAGUUUCUACGACCCGGACUCCGAGCUCGUGGACACGUCUUCUAUCAACGUCCAGAUCAGCCUUGACCCCAGCCCCACGGAGACAAGACCAGACAUCUCCAAACGUCGACGCUCGGGCGACAAAAGCAGAGUCUCCUCCCCUACCUCGCCCAUGACGGCGACCAUGAACAUGUUUGUGGUCACAAAACCCACCAAUUUCCGUUCCAAAUCCGAAGAUGUGGAUUCUUCUUUAACCAACGCCGCCCCGACACAUAGGAGAUUGACCAAAAAGUCGAGCCUGCCUUUUUCCACCUUCCGCCAUGAGGGCACGUCCUCGCCCACUAGCAUCUCCUCCCUCACCUCCCCCAGCAAAAAGAAAACACCAGUCUCGGACACUGCAAGUCCAGGCAGGUACCGAGCGCCAAAGAUCGUCACCCUCUCCUCUCACGAUUCUUCGGACAGCGCAGACGAGAGUCAGUUCAGAAUCGGUUCCUUCACCAGCACGCCACCAGGCGCUUACACAGGAGGGGGGCGGGCAAGUUUCACGGGCACAACCGCUUUGCUGACAACAGGUGACGUUAUCAGUAGAGCCAAGAGAGCUUUGGUCAAAAGCAACUCGGACACUUUCGCAAAGUUGAGCUCGUCGCCACUACCCCUCGUAAAAGCCUCGUCCGAUGGCAACUGUUUCAAGAAGAAUUCUGUGUCUUCAUUAGCCACCAGUAUGACGUCAUCGGCGCGAGUUAUGGUGAGCGUCACGGACUACCUUUUCCUGGGCAGUGUGGAGGCAGCCUAUAACGAACCACUUCUUUGCAAAUACGGAGUGUCUUCGAUGAUCGACAUGACCAAUAUUUCGCCAACUCUUGUUCCUCCCCACAAAAAAUCCGAUUGCCCUUGCGCGUGUGUGAACAAGACGCACUUCCGUUCGAAACUGAACAUCGGGGUGGACGACAUCGAGUGGGAGAAUCUAGAACAAUAUUUCGAGGAGAUCAACGCGUUCAUCAACGGUGCGCGCCUCAAAGGACGGCGCGUGCUUGUCUACAGCUACAUGGGCCAGUCUCGAGCGGCCGCGGCUGCCAUUCAGCACUUGAUGCACCACUUCAAAAUGCCCUACAGAGAAGCUCUUCACGUGGUGCGCUCCAAGCGACCGCAAGUGAAGCUAAACUCGGGAUUCGUGAAAGCUCUCCUGCGUCUCGAGAAGCGGCUCGGUCUUCAGACUGUCAACCAAGACGAGAAAGGGGCGGGGUUAAAAAAGCAGGAGAACAAGCCCGAGGAGUCACCGAGGGUGUCACGUGGAUCUGUGGAGGACCUAUCAGCGCCGCCCGUAGUGAGGGGGGCGUGGUUAGAAUGUUGAAAAACGAAUGAUUGUUGUGUAUAAUAACCAGUAACAGACAUGUGUCCUGUACAAACCAGAUGCCAGCUCAUUAACCCUCACCGUCUCCACAAACGGGCAUUGCUGAUGACGUCAUUCAUCAGAAAGAACUCUCUCAACCUGGGCACCCCGUCAUGACGUAAGCCGACACCUUUUCAACGUCCCCAAAACUGUGCUGGACGAUCUUGCAUUCCAGGCCAACCAAUACCCAGGACUUGAUGCCAGUCUAGAACAAGAAAACAUCCCCAAAGUUUAAUACAAUAUAGUGUAUCACAAGAUCCUGAUAAUGUGCGUCCACCUUUUGAACCACUGCCUAAUCUUAUUGAAGGUGUGUCUGUUUUAAAGGGGUUGGGGGGUGGGAAGGAGGUGGGUAUUUUGAGGAAUUUU